UGAAGUUGAUUUUCCUUAUCAACGCCAUACUCGUUACUGAGGCGGUAAGUUACUUUAAGAAUUUUAUUUUGUCCUUUCUAUUAAAAAUAUACCAUGCUUAUAUAUAGCUAUAUAUGCUUAUUUGAAAAUCCUUUAUACUUUCCAAACGUUUGUAGUAGUGUCUAAUACGGUACUUACGGUUUUAGUAUAUAUGGUAAAUCGGUAAACGACUCAGGUCGAGAUGAACCAUUCUUUAAGUUCUGGACUGCUUUACACCUACAAUAACUAUUGUAUUUUUUCAUAUAGUGGGAUUGGAGUUCCUCCUUUUAUAACAUGCUUGUGAACUUUUCUGCAGGUGGAAAAUGUCGAUUUACUGUCUAAUAGUACAACUAUGAGGCAGUAAUAUGACUGACUAUAUUGAUCUACAACCAUACAGCCCUCUUGGGUUAAAGACAGUCACGACUAUAUCAGAAACUAAUUUAUAAUACUGAAGUGAAGAAAAGUGCAGAUGAAAAAUAUUUAUAGUGAAAUUGCUUGAUACUUGGCCUCACCUUUUUUCAAUUUAGAUUCCAGAUAAACCUGGAAACUGCGAUAAAAGUACUAAAGGAAACCAGGUUGUCAUAAAAGAUCGAGAAGGAGAGGCUAAGCUGUUAUUUGCGAUGAAAAUGGGAAAAUAUUUCGCUGGAAAAUGAUUGAUGGUAAAAUAUACGUUAUCCAUGUAACUAUGUUUUAUUUCAGGUUUGAUGAGUUUUACUUUACGGGAAGGGAAAAAAAGAAUUUGCUGACCUAUUUUGUACACUAUUACAUUAAGUUAAAAAUCAGGACCCCAUUUAAGUACUGUAUAUUUUGGUUUUUGCUAGUAUAUACAUUAUAAAGUUACAAGUUUAAGCUUCUAGCUGAAACAUAUUCGGGUGAUUGACUCGAAUGAAGUGUUGACAAAAGAGAGUUAUCUAGUGCCAAUUAGUUAACUAACCUGCAUAGCAGGCGUAUACAGCUAUUUCAAUUAAUGUUGUCCAAAGCGGAAAAGUCGAAUACGAGCGCGAAAGGCUGCUGGGAAUCGCUAAUAAAUUCAUUCGUGUACUUGCGAUUCCCAGCAGCCUUUCGCGCUCGUAUUCGACUUUUCCGCUUUGCUCGGGGGACAACCUUAAUUGAAAUAGCUGCAUAAACGCCUGCUAUGCAGGCGAGGGAUUAACCAUAUUUUAUGAGUGACAUUUCGAAAUGACGUCACGAGGAUUAGUGCAUGUUGGAUUAAGGGUUAGAAGAAAUAUAUUAUAUUUGAAAUGUUUGAUUAUUAUAUAUAUCUGAUAGUUUACUUAUAUACAUUAUCCUUUUUACUGAAUAGUAAUUAAUUUAAUUGUUGCAUAUCAUUGCCGUUUUGUAACUGCAUACAAAUUUUUUAUGCAUGCAUGGGAACUUAAUUAGUGUACAAACAUGACUAACGUACAGACAUCAUGCCAGUUCACAUACUAAGCAUUUCACUUUAGUUUUGUCGUUUGUUUCAGAGCUUACUUCACUUGGCAUAUACUGAUUUUAAUUGAUCGAAAACACUCUCCUCUAGUCAAUUAUAUACGAGUAGUAACAUAGGAUUAGUAACAUAGAAUAGUUGAGAAUUGUAGAGAUAAAGUAGGGAUAGUAGAAGACAUUUAGAUUUUAGUGGUGAGACCAUGCCCAUGGGGUUGACGAGCGUGCAUGUUUUGACUAACAAUUACGUAAUUUGUUUCCCCCUGUAAUAUUAUGUAAUUUGGCUAAAAGGCUCUGCAGAGGAGAGUGGAUUGAAAACUUUAUCCAAAUCUAAAAACGUUUUAUGACUUUAAGAUUUUCAUAUCACUUCAUUACAUUUUGUAUUACAUAUGCCAUAUUAAGUUCAUUUAUACUUUAAUUAAUAUUUCAGCUUCUUUCAACAGUAUUUACCAUAAUAGCCUAGAACAUAGCGUAUAGUAGACUCGGAGAAGGCGAAGAAGUGGGAUAUUUUCACUUUAUUAUUCAAUAUUUUACCGCAUUAUUCAAACAACCUAAAAUAUCUGACGACGGGAUGGGGGCAAAUAUUUCUUAGAAUUUUGUUUCGAAUAUUCAUAUACCUACAAUCAAUAUUCAAUAUUCCUACCUCAAAUAUUCAUAUUCCUAUCACAAAGAUUCAUACAUUCAAACUACUUUAAAACCAAUAUAUUCAAUAUUCAGUAUCACGCCUCCAAUCCCAGAAAUAGAUAUAAGAUAUAUAGCCUUCUUAUUUGCAUUCGUGCAUGCUAAAUAUUGAUUCUUAUCGUUCAAACAUACCAAAUUUUAAGAAUUUUGUAUCACUGCACAAUUUUGUGCAAAGGUUAGCCGAGCAGAAGCAACACCCUGAAAAUUUCUGAACACACCCUUAUAAUAAUAUGUAACCACAAAACAGGCUACAAUUGAUCUUCAAGAAUGCCAAAACCAACAUACAUUGCAUGCACAGCACCCAGUGUUGCCCAGGGAAAUUUGGGGGCCCAGGGCAAAAUUUGACUUGGGCCCCCUCGUGAUUCCAUGCAUCUUCCAACACUAUGAUUGGGGGGUCUGGGGGCAUUCGUCCAGGUUCUAGAAAUGACCAAAUCCUGCAGUGCAUUGUGGAAAUCUAGUUGACAGUUAUAUCUUGUUUAUUUCACUUGGAUUUGGCCAUUAAUUUCUGGUUCCCCAGGGCAAAUUGCCCCCUCCACGCGCGUACUCCCCUAUGUGACCUUGACAGCACCUGCAGUUAGGGUUAUCUAUACCAACAUAGUUUUAUAACACAUGCUUGAAGAAAAGAAAUAUUUUCGUCUUGGCAAAUUAAAGGCGGUUGGGCGUGACAAACCUCUAGAGACUGGAGGAGUUCCAGGGGCAUGCUCCCACAGACAAUUUUGUCAUCUAGGAUUUCUAAAAGGGAAAUUUCCUGCAAUGUGCGGGGAUAUUCUAUAGAAUUCUGAACAUCAUAUAUUAAUUACAAAAAGUUCUUACAAAAUUACAAAAAGUUCUCACUCCAUCUUCCAAGUUCAGGCUUUGUUCAUCUGAUGAACCUUAAGUAUAAUAUUAGUGCGGACGUUCGAUAAUUUGGCAGUUUCAAUUUCAUUCAAAUUAAUAUAAACUCAUUCAAAAUGUUUUGAUUAAUACUGUCAAGUGUGAUUUUUUUUAGUUCAGUGUUUCUAGUCAUUGCUUCAUUUUCUUGUUAAUUAAAAUUAAACUUAUCACAGCAAAUUUUAUCACUGUGUAUUUUACAUUUUAUCAUUGCAUAUUUUACUUUUAUCACUGCACCAAAUUGGUUAUCACUGCACACUAAAAUUAGGUAUGCUUUCAAGGAUAUUCCUAUGGCAAUGUAUUUGACCCAGCUGUUGACUGCUCAGAUAUUAUGAACAAUCUUCCCGAAGCUAUGACAGGUGUUUACUGGAUAAAAACUGACAAAGGACCACGCAAGGUAAAUUGAAAGACUGUAUUUUGGUCAGUCAUAUAAUUUCCUUUAAUCUUUUCAUCCCUUCAACUAUUAAAUUUUAGAUUAACCAGGAAAUUUUUAACAAGGGUGUUUUUAAAGUGUAUACAUACAAUAGUUAAUAAAUAGUACAAAAAAUAUAUAUAAAAAUAUGUAAAAAUUAUAUUUAGGGCUAGAGGUGCACAGAUAAACUUAAUAUAUAUAGUAGAAUAGACUUGGUCUUUCAAUGACCAAUUUUAGUUAAUGUUAUGAGAACAUUGGAACACUGGAAUAGAUGUGAUAAAAAGAAUAAACAACUAAUUAUCCAGAAUAGAGGGCAAACGUAAAUGAGAUACUGAAUUGUGCAGUGAAUAAUUUCUACAAAAACGUUAUGUCAUCCAAUUUUCAUCCAAAUUUUGAUCGAUUUGCCUUUAGCCUACGGCUAGCAGCUCCAGAAAUGCUACUUACAAUAAUGGAUAUAAUAUCCAUAGACUAAUUAUAAAACGUAUCAUCUCCUACUAUUUUGUAAAGCCAGCUAGAAAUACUGUCUGCUCCCUAGCUAACACAAUGUAGGUCAUGCAGAACAUUGAUUAAGUUUCUUUUUAAAUUUUUGUUACAUGCAUUUUUUUUCUUUUUGUACAUCAGUAUGUUAAAAUUAUAUUUCGUGUUCUAGGCUUGGUGUGACAUGGAGACGGACGGUGGGGGAUUUAUUAUAGUACAAAAUUCUCCUGUAUCUUGGGAUGUACCCUCUCAAUCUAUACUUGUCCACCCACUUGAUUCACGACGAUGGUCCAGUUUGUUUGGCAACAUGUUUAUUAGAGAUUUUCGAGUACAAAUUUCAACAUCAAAAAGUUUUUCCAAUACUAAAGCUGACUGGUAAAUAUUACAGUUCUAUAGGCAGGCAAUUCAUUACGUGACGUAACGAGGCGCGCACUUAAUACAUCUAGAACUUUCAUUUGAAAAUAUCAUAUAAAGGGCUUCUAUUUCUCAUUUUCGCCCCUUUCCUUCGGAUCUUCAUCGAAUUCCUUUCUGGCGCUGCAUGGGCUCGAUCUGGAAUGGUGGUUAAUGUAUAAUUUAUUUUGAAUGAAUCUCCAACAACUUCUUCCCCUCACGACCUUACCCUACGAAAUAGUCACCCUUUAUAUUUACCAAACAAAGCUGCGCAAAUAACGUUCAAACCAGAGAUAGCAAAAAGAAUGAAGUAGUUGCUUAGUAACACACAAAAUUGUGUUUUAUUAUAAAAUACCCCACGUUCUUAGCCAUAAAGGGAUAGGGGACAGGUAACUGCCACCCCCCCCAAGAAAACCCCCCAAAAAACAUGGAAAUUCGGGCAAACACUAGGAAAAAUCAAGAAAAUUCGGGCAGAUUUAUCAGAAAAUAGGUCAAAUUCUGGUUAUUUCAUUACAAUUCUCCAAAAAAUUCGGGCAAACAUUCAACUGCCCCCCGGAAAGCAUCAGCCCCUUACGCCUAUGUUUUUAGCCGAUUUACAUCAUAAAAUAUUCACAGGAUUUAAAAUUCAUUAUACUAGUAUCAUUUAGAGUUGAAAACAUCUUACAAGAAGAUCUUAUAAAAUAUUACAAGUGAUUAAAAUUUUAAUUUCAGGUAUUAUCGUUUCAAUUCAGCGCGAAAGCUUACUCAACUUCUUCUGUUCGACAAAGAUGGUUGUAGCAGCCACCAUCCUGGCAUUGGUGAUGUUCAACUUAUCAAAGAUCUUCGCAACAAGAAAACUGUGUCGACACAAUUUCAGUGCUCGAGAUUUGGUACUCAUUUUCAUAAAAGCCUGGGAUGGGUUAGUGUACAGGUCAUGGCGUAUGGGAUAUAUUAUAACAACUGGUAAAACAUUCAGGGGCGUGGUUACCGGGGGUGGCACCCCCAAUAAUUUUGUGGUCAAUGCUCCACAGUUGGUCAACAGCUAGCUUUUCUCGUAAAAAUAUAUUUAAAAAACUCAUUAAUAAUAUAUAUAUAUAUAUAUAUAUAUAUAUAUAUAUAUAUAUAUAUAUAUAUAUAUAUAUAUAUAUAUAUAUAUAUAUAUAUAUAUAUAUAUAUAUAUAUAUAUAUAUAUAUAUAUAUAUAUAUAUAUAUAUAUAUAUAUUUCAAAAACUCAUUAAUAAUUCAUGAGGAAAACACAAAGAGAAAUCAUAAGCGUGGCGUGUCUUUAUAUGUGAUAAAACACGCUUCAAAUUUCAACUUGUAUUUUCUCAGCUAAUACAAAGUUAUUUUGGAAAAUUAUUUCGCCAAUGCCGUGAUCUAACUGAGACGUUUUUGAAGCUGUUUAAUAAACUCGUAGUUUGUGUUUUAUCACAUAUAAAACACUUCGCUACGCGUCGUGUUUUAUAUGUGAUAAAACACUCCUACUCGUUUAUUAAACAGUACAUAUAUAUAUAUAUAUAUAUAUAUAUAUAUAUAUAUAUAUAUAUAUAUAUACUUAUAUAUAUAUAUAUAUAUAUAUAUAUAUAUAUAUAUAUAUAUAUAUAUAUAUAUAUAUAUAUAUAUAUAUAUAUAUAUAUAUAUAUAUAUAUGGUCUCCUACAUAUAUCAUUGGAAUAUUUAUUGAUAUUUUUAGCUUAAAAAUGGUUCUCUUUCAGGGAAAGAUGAAUGAUUGUCUCGGGUCUCCCUGUAAUUCAGGAUUUGCCGUUCUCAAAUUAACCACCACCGGUUCUUUCAGGUUAGCUAUAUGCAUAUUCCUAUCAGUCGAAUUAUUCAAAUUAAUUUUAUCGAGUGAUAAAUUAUUAAUGACCAUUAAUAUUUUCACCGCACUGUAGUAAUUCAGUUUUCGACGUUUUUUACAUGCAAUUAUGAUUUUUAGUGUACAGAUUAUACUAACAGUAAUUUUGAAAAUACUAGCAUUAUAAUAUGCUGCUUUAAUCUAGAACUAAAAUGCGAUCAUACUUUUUCUACUGUAUAUCAUUAUUGCAGUUUCAGUGUGGUUUCAUCCAAAUCAGGAAUUCGAAAUAAUUCAACUGCAUUUAUUGGUUGUGAUCGGGGCAAGGUAUAUUUCAGUUAAUGAUAUGUUUUCAAAGGCCAUGCAUGUAUUUGCCGAACUAAGAGUCAAACCACUGCAUGUCAUUAACUUUUCCUAAUAAGUAUUAUAUAGACAUUAACUGAUUAAAAUCACCAGCUCUAGUGAGGUGGCUUAACGCAAAAUCUAUUUUAAACUUUUCUCAGACCUCAAAAUUGGGGCGAGUAAUUAAAUUUUGGGAUCCUAGUAAAUAUUCAAAGUUGAUAACCAGUUAAAGGUCUGAGAAAAGUUUGGUCGUUGUGUCCGAUCAGUAACGUUGUCUUAAACCACCUGACUAUAUAUUGUUAUAGUGUUGUGCUUGUUACGGUCCAUCGAGUGACAAAGAUUAUUGUGCUCCAAAGUGUCAGUCAAUCAAUGGCGGGACAAUACUAAGCGAAAAAAACGAAAUUCAUGCUUGGUUCUGGGUACGCACGACUUUGCCAAAACGUGUUUGGAAGAAAUGCAUGGAGUAUGAAAAAACUGAUCAAGGAGGGAAAAUUAUCAAAUGGCAUGUUGAUGACGAUAGCGGAGUUCCAAGAAAGGUACUGAUAGGUCACAGAAUAAAGAAAUAUAACUGCAUAUAUAACGCUCGGUGUGGACUAAUACUUUUGAGAGGCGUAGGCUUAUUGCAAAGUGGGCGUAUUUACCCUGAAAAGUACAGUAAAUACUAGGUAUAAACUCAGGAUCGGUGAAAUAGACGAAAGCUAGCAAGACGAAAUAUACACUUGCAGGAGACAAGUAAACCAUGCAAAAAUCUUACUCCAGUAAUUUUUUCGGGAUGCUUUAUUUCAGAAACUUUAUAAUGCAACGUCGUCCUCUAAGAAGGUAAAUUGUGGGGUUCCACAAGGAUCAAACCUUGGUCCUCUUCUAUAUUUGAUUUAUGUUGAUGAUCUCCCUAACUGUUUGGAGAACUCACAUGCUGCAAUGUAUGUUGACAACACAAAUAUUAAUUACAGCGCGUUCAUCUAGUUUAUGUAAUAUGGACGAAUCCUUAGGGAUGUUUUAAAGGGACUUAAAUGGUACAAGUAUUCAUGCAUGCAUGCAUAAAUCAUAAGUCAAGAAUUUAUUAAUGCAUAAAUUAUUCACGCACUGCCGUUCAACUCUUCAGCCUAGGAAAGAUAAUCCAGUUUGAUGAAUUUUACAUCCAGUUUUUAUCCAAAUUGGACCAAAAUUAAUUCAAAAGUCCUGGCCUGUGCCCAUUAACUCCACAACCUUUACUUCGAAUGUGUGAUUUUUUUCAUAGGGACCUUGUUCAUAUCCUGGAGAUGUGAGACUCAACGAUGGAGUAUGUAUUAUCUACUAUUUUUAUUUGAUUACUACAAGUUUACUUUAAUUCAUCCCAUCGUUUGAAGACCACAUUAAUAUUAUAUUGAAUGAGUGUCUGGUAACAUUAUCAUUUUUGAAGGUGGCUGUAGUAGGCAAUAACGAAACUUUACAAAGGCUUCCAAAUAUCGAAGGACUUCUAUCGUACCGCGCCGACAACAAAAAACUAUAUCUGAGAGGAAAACAUCAUUGGAAGGCGAUGGUGAACGAAGGGGAGGUACGAUGAAAGUAUAUUGCUUAAAUUGAACUCAUUUUGUCUUAACAAAUCCAGUUAUUAGAUAAAAUGCCUGUGCACUUGUCGAAAAUACAGUCUUAUAUCAUGCAAAAAUAAUUCUCAUCACAAUUCACAAUCCUAUAAGAUCUAUAGAAUCUAGAAGUUCAAAAAUAUAAACUUCUCAUUCUAUAUUCAAUUUAGUACCUAAAUAAAGUUUAUCUAGAAACACUCACCUGUCAAUCAUUCCACAAAACAGUGAAUCGAUCUAAAGUGUUCCCGAACUAUCCUUUCACAUGUGAUGUGAACCUUUACUUUCAACGUGAUAGAAUAAACAAAAAAGGUUAAAUGUGCAUUUUCAUAUAUGUGAAAUGUUCAUGCCGAUGUCCUCACACAAUUUUAAGCCGGUUACAGACAAGCAAGUUUUCUAUGACAAGUUUUUAUGUGACAAGUUUUAUUUGCCAAGUGCACGUGUGUACAUGCAACAAAUUUUGUAUGACAAGUUUUCAUAUGACAAGUUUUAUUUACUGGUGUGAACGUGUCAACAACUUUACUUUGACAAUUUAUUAGUAGCCAGCUGGCCAAUCACAUCAAAUGCUCAGAUUGCUUUGACAAGUUCUCUUUGUUGACCCAUACAGACGAACAAAAGUUGUACUUUGACAAUUUUUCUAUGUUGUAAAGCCGCGUCGUAUUGACGUUAUCUCGCCACGAUUGCCCAACCAUGACCGGCUGCAUUCCCUUAAUUUGUUGAAGCCUCUAUCAUAUCACAAUCCUUCAAACUGUAUUUAUAUUCCUACAAAACCUCAACAGAAACCUGCAGGAUCUGCUUAUGUAUUUGUUCCAUCUUUUAUGCUAUCAAAUCUCAUGUCCUUAGCUCCGAAAAUCGACGAAAUCCGUGAAGUAAUUAAUCAUGCAUACUUAGAUUUCGUAUGCAUAACUGAGACAUGGCUUCGCGAACACAUCGCUGACAACAUCAUCGCAAUUUCUGGAUUUAAUGUGAUUCGGCGUGAUAGAGUCGCGGGUCUGCAUGGUGGUGUUUGCAUGUAUGUUAAGGAUUCUAUAAAAUUCAAAGUUCUAGACGAAUAUAUGCAUCCUAACUUUGAAGUUUUAUGGACACAAAUAAGCCCUCAACGACUCCCAAGGGGCAUCUCCAGUAUUGUAAUUGGUACCGUUUACCAUCCGCCGAGCUCUAUGGAUUCCCUUAUGCUAGAUUACUUGUACAAUAGUUUAUCUUCUAUUGAAGCUAGUUUCCCAGGCUGUGGUAUAAUCCUCCUCGGUGAUUUCAAUCAAUUAAACGGCUCGCGACUCUGCAACUUCUAUAAACUUAAACAAAUAGUCAAUUUUCCAACGCGUGGUAGUAACACUUUGGACAAAAUUUAUACCAAUCUAAAGAGGUUUUAUAGCCCUCCAGUUAAGAUGUCCCCGUUUGGUUUGUCUGACCAUGCUUCUAUUGAAGUUAAACCUCUAGAGCGAACCAAUCUACCUAAACCCAAGAUCACCGUGAAGUCAAGGGACAUUCGGCCUUCGAAGCGCCUUGCAAUGCGUUUGUAUCUAAAGGAAGUUGACAUUUCAACACUAAUUAACAGUCAGAGGUCGUGUGAAGACAAAGUAAAGCUCCUGGAAUUAAUCAUUAAUACCGGGAUGGACAGGUUACUUCCUCUAAAGUCUAAGACCAUUGUAACAAGCGAGCCACCCUGGAUCAAUCAGUCUCUCAAAUGUUUGAUUCGCAAGCGCCAGAAAGCUUUAGACCAGGGAGACGAAGUUCUAUUUCGCACACUGAGAAAUCGAGUAAAUCGUGAGCGGAAAAUAUGCCGUGCUAAGUAUUACAAGUCUAAAGUCGAGCAUUUGAUGGAGUGCAAACCUGCAUCGUGGUGGAAAGAAGUGAAAAAGUUAAGUGGAAUGACAACUGUCAACUCAUCCCAGACAGACCUAGUCUCUACGCUACAGCAUAUUGGUCGUGAUCAAGGAGAGGGAACUGUCAGCAAUACUGUCCUUGCCAAUGUUAUCAAUGAGGCAUUCCUUGCCCCUAUGAGUCAUUUUACACCUUUACAAACCGAAGAAUUUGUACCAAACAGCCCAGUGUUCGAAUGCUGCUGCCUCCAAGUGUCCGAGUUUUCUGUUAACAAGAAACUGUCUACGUUAAAUCCAACUAAAGCAAGCGGACCCGACGGUAUACCGAGUUGGCUCUUAAAAGACAAUGCCGACAUAUUUGCUGCGCCAGUAUCAAAUAUAUUAAACCGUUCCUUUUUGGAAGCUCGACUCCCAUCAUCGUGGAAAUUGGCCAAUAUUUCACCAAUCCCAAAACAAAAGCAAAUUCUUGACGUAAAUAGCCAUCUUCGUCCUAUAUCUUUGACAUCUAUCCUCUCGAAAGUUGCGGAAGACUUUGUCGUAGAAGAAUUUGUAAAGCCUGCAGUUCUGAAGAAGGUGGAUCCAAAUCAAUUUGGGACGAUACCUGGUAGUAACACCACCCAGGCCCUGAUCAGCAUGCUGCAUUCGUGGAAUAAAGCAACUGACGGUAGUGGCGCAACUGUCAGGACAGUAUUAGUUGACUUUAAGAAAGCUUUCGACUUGAUCGAUCACCAUAUACUUGUAGACAAACUAAAAUCGUAUGAUAUUCCUGAAAGCAUUGUUUUGUGGGUUAUUGACUUUCUUACUUGUCGCAAACAACGUGUCAAACUUGGUAACGACUGCUAUUCUGAAUGGGGAACUAUUCCAUCUGGGGUUCCCCAGGGUACCAAACUCGGGCCGUGGUUAUUCGUUAUCAUGAUAAAUGAUUUGAAAAUCCAAGAUUCGGAACUCUGGAAAUACGUCGAUGACACAACGAUGUCUGAAAUUGUUGAAAGAAACAACGAAUCCAACAUACAGGAGAAAGUUGAUGAACUUACACGACAUAUUUCUAUUGAUAAACUUACGUUAAACGAGUCCAAGUGUAAAGAGUUACGUAUUAGCUUCAGUAAAUCUCCUCCCGAUUUCGAUCCUAUUACCAUCAACAAUAAGCAACUGGAGGUCGUUGAAAGUGUAAAACUCCUUGGCAUGCAGAUAUCUAACGAUCUUAAGUGGAAUAGCCAUAUAUCUGUUAUUAUGAAGAAAGCGAAUAAGCGUUUGUAUUUUCUGAGCCAACUAAAACGUUCGAACGUGGGCAGUAAGGAACUUAUUACCUUUUACUGUACUUGUAUAAGACCUGUUACAGAGUAUGGCUGCCCAGUAUUUCACGAUAGCCUGCCAAAUUACCUUGUUAAAGACAUCGAAAGAAUACAGAAACGCGCGAUGCGGAUAAUAUUUCCAGCCUUAUCAUAUGACGAAUCUCUCUCCGUUGCUGAGUUGGUCCCUCUAGAAGCACGAAGACAGCAACUAACGGACAAACUAUUCCAGCAAAUUAUUAGCGACCCAAGUCACAAAUUGAACAAACUUUUACCACCUGUAAACGAAUGCCAAAUUAAGCUUAGGAAGAAACGACUUUUUAAAAAUCAGCUUUUUAAAACAGACCGAUUUAGGAAUAGUUUUAUAACUCACAAUGCACUGAAAAUGCGCACCUAGUUAUAGUAGUAGACAAUUAUAGUCAACUUAUACGCACAUUGCCAUUUGGCUCCAAACUUUUAAAAUUUUUAAUAGUUAUUCUAAUUUUAAACUAUAUGUAAUUCUUAGCGUAAUUCAGCUUUUGGCUGCAAUGCUUUGCAAAUAAACCAUCUAUCUAUCUAUCUAUCUAUCUACAAGUGCACUUGUGUACUUUUGUCAUAGAAAAAAAUGUCAAAGUUGAGCGUACAGACGAGCAAAUAAAAUUUGUCACAUAAAAACGUGUCAUAGAAAACUUGCUCGUCUGUAGCCGGCUCUACAUGUGAUGAAAUCAGAGACGUGUUGGGGUCUUGAAAAGGACGACGAUUCAAUUCCCCGAGCCUGCGAUCCUCGGGAAGGAACGUGAGGCUCUGGGAUAAUCCGUUGCCGGAAGCCAGGAAUCCUGGCUAAGACCGAACUACGCAUUCCAUAUCAACGGCCAAUCAGAUUCCUCCCUGAAACGGAUUAUCCCAGAGCCUCCUUCCCGAGGAUCGAAGGCUCGGGGAACGAGAUUGACGACGAAUGAGCAACGUGGGUUCGCACAUGAAACACUUCAGUUGCUAAUUAAUAUUUUUUUCCAAAAAUGAGGGGAGGGGGAGAGAGAGUUCGAAAAAUCUCCAGACAUACCAUUUUUCAAUUACUUUCGAGUUGAGUGUACCGUAAUUUGUUAAAAUUUUCGGUAAUAUUUUCGUAAAUUUAGAUUUUUAAAAUAUAAAUUGUAAUAUCUAAUCUUGAUUUUCAAAAUUAAAAUCUAUAUUUUUUAUCUUUUCCAAUGUUUUAAUUUAGGGACCCACAAUAGCACGUCCCUCGAUGAAAUAUUAUAGGCUAAACAUUACAAUUAGUUUAACAUUACCAUUACAGGUUCAGGCAUUGGAAAGGAAAUUAAACGAAAGUAACAAAAGGCUGCUAAAGUUAGAACAAGGUAAAAUUAAAAACGCGCUAUUUAUCCGCCAGGUAACCCGCUAUUUUGACUGGUGACAUGCUAAACAAACACCCCCAAACAAAAGUUAACACCUACUUACUGUUAGCCUGCAUGGCAGGCGGUGAUUUUAGGAACCGCCUGCCAUGCAGGCUAACUUACUGUAAUUCUAAGAUUUUGUAUAUACACUGUUUUUCAGACAGCAAAGUUUAUGCAUCGUGUAGAGAUGUCCUGAAAAAAACUGGGUAAUACAGUUAUUAAUGCCAUUAAUAAACUGUACUCUGAAAUCAUUAAUAAACAGUUGUUGGAUGAGGUUUUUGUGAUACCCAGAAUAAUCAAGGUUGAGGUAAUUCGGGAUAUCACAAAAGUGAGCUUAUUACAAUACAUAAUUUCCACUUCAAAAACGAAGACAUGUACAGUGUGUACAGUACAAUGUUUUACAAAAAUAUUUUUUCGAUCUAACAACAUUGACAACAUUAGGCGACUUAAUAAAACUGUGGCUGUAACUUUUUUUUCAAACCUCGUCCUAAAAUACGUGAAAUAGCGUUCAAUGAAUACAGAAAUUCAAAAUUUUCCCGGGAAACCAUGCCCCCGGACCCCCCUACAUUCCUGACGCCUUUGGCUCUCGCAUUCGAAAUGCCAUAGAAAUUUUGGCUCUCUCAAAGUUUAGACCCUGGCUAUGGGCUACGCCACUGUCUAUUAGCCCAACAUAGCUAGGUAUGGAUAUAUGCAUGGUUGAAAAAGCCCAUCAACUAUUGCAGUAACUACAGUUACCAAUUUCGUUCAAUCUUUAGUCGUGUAAAACAUGGUAUUUAUAAAAUCAAAGUCCCAGAGACUGACUACACCAAUGUCUAUUGCCACAUGACAUCAUUGCCCGGAUGUGCAGGAGGUGGAUGGACAUUAGUUAUGAAGAUCAACGGAAAAAAGGUGGGGAAUGUACAGUAAAGGUGCAUGAUUUUUUCAAACAGCAUCCGGAAACAAGAAUUUUUGCACGGUUAUUAUUGUUUCUAUUUCUUGAAAGACGUGGUUCGGGAUCAUGUGCAGUAGUAAUCAAUUUUCAAAUUUUCUUCACAACCCAACCUCGUACCCAGAGCAUGCCCGUUCGCAGGUUUAUAGAUAAAAUACACUUGAAAGUCGUUUUGUCCUGCGAUGAAUCUCCCGUCAGUGCGUUCCAGGAACUAUUAAGGCCAAUUUCCACUCAGGAAAAUUUUCCGCAGAAAGAACAUUUUGUAAAAUGUGAUUGGCCGACACAAAACAAUGAUAUUUUCGGAAAAUUCUCUGUCCGUGGAAAUUUUUCUUGAGUGGAAAUGUGCCUUUAUACCUCAAAUUCAAUCAGAAAGCUAAGUUUGUGCGCAUAAGAAUGAAAUUUAUCAUCGAAUCGCGCCUUACGUCAUCGUAUUUGACGUAAGCGGGUGACUUGAAUCAUAUAUGAAUGAAAAAUGUAAUCAUCAACAUUUCAAACGAUAUGUGAUUCGAUCGAAAGAAAAGUGACGAUACUUGCGUUAAUCCAAAAAUAAAACAUCGUAUUCAUGAAGGUAUGUGGCAAGUUUUAUAUUCUCAAAGCCUCCAGGCUUUUAAUUUUCGGUAUAAUACUGUACAGGGUGUAUAAAAAAAGGAAUCCAACGUUAGCAUGCCAUUAUGUAUUAAUUACUUUUGGCUGUUGAAUGACAUGUUUUUCACCAAUAUGGAGAACAAAUACUAGCCCGAGAAAAAUGUUUAUCGAAAUCGCAUAUUUUCACCUCUGCGCCUAAUUAAAGCAGUGCAUAACAAAAGGAAAAGCAAUAAUUAAUCACGAAUGUGUCAUUUUAUCAAUGAGCUUACAGAGCUGGUUUACAAGAUUUUAUAAUAAUUAUGCAUACGCAGGUAUUUUAAGGCCAGCUAGAGGGGGGGGGGGGGAGGGCAGGGGCAAAUACCCUGGGGAAGGAGUGCUCAGAGGGGCCCGGAAAUAUCGGUAAAAUGUUCGUAUUGUUUAUCAUCGCUAUAUGUUUGUCCUAAAUGAAAUACGCCUACUUGCACACUAUCCGCUGAUGCGGUCGUGAUCGAUCGUAAAACGUACUAAAUGUGAAAUAAACAAUUUUUCGAUCGAUUUUUCUGAAAAAACAUUUAGCCAAACAUUGUUUACAUCGCGUCUUUAUCAGUUAUGAGAUGAAAUGAGGUAUUUACCUGCAUUAAACACAUUUAGUACGUCCAUCUGCUGGUACGGUAACAUGCAUGCACCGAAAUUCUCCGGCGAUUUCUUGCAAGUAAUUCGCAGGCGAUUCCCUCGUUGAUUGCGAUUAAAAAAUAGACUUGAAUAGAACAAGAGGGACGGGGGGGGGGGCGUGUUCACCAAUUUGUCCCGGGGCCCCCUGAUUGCCACUCGCCGGCCUUGAGGUAUUUUAUUGAAGUGAAAUACGUCAACUUAAGUUAAUUACCAAUAGUUUUAGACCCAAUUCUCAACGGUGAAAAUAUAUAUGCUCAUUUUUUCUCCAUAUUGGAUGAAAAACGUGUCAUCCCACAGCUGAAUGCCUGAUCUUUAUGAUUAUAAAAAAAUACGUUCAUGCACCAAGUAAUUAACGCACAAUGAUAUGCCAAAUUAGUUGGAUUACCUUUUUUUAUAUCCUGUGUAUCAUUUACAGACCCUCUGCUCAAGGGAUUCGGGGAAAAAUUACCCUCAGUGGCGAUCAUCACUUCGGGUAAUAUUUCGCCGAAUCCCCCUCGCCCAGGUCUAUAAAUGAUAAAUGUCCUGCUCCGUUUCAUUUUGAUAUCAUUUUUAUACGCCAUACCGUAUAUGUAGAAUUCUAAUAUCUUGCAGGCAUAACGAAACCAACAAAACCUCAAAUCUUGUAUUUUGUUUUUAUGUAGGAAACGUUUCAUUAUUCGUCCAGUUAUUGGAGCAACAAACAAACUUAUAAUCUUGGAGGCGGAAUGACAGGAUUUGACAGUCAAGAAACUAAACUUCCUACAUAUUGGAAUACGCCAUUUAAAGAAAUCUGCCUAGGAAUGAAAGUGAACAACGAACUCAACUUUAUAUCCAUUCCGUAUCAAGCUUCUUCUUUGUUUAGCGUGAUAGCAGAUGGUUCAUACCGUUCUACAAAUACUGGUCGAGCAAAAUGGCUCUCUUUGGUGAAAGGUUCUGGCUUACAACGUUACUGCAACCGCGAGGGAUUUAAUGUGCAAAGAAAUAAUCGUCAACGUUAUCCCAGUUCACAUAGUGCUCGUAUAGGAGCAAUUGGGAAUAAUGAAAACGACUGUAAUUCCCCCGACUCUUAUUUGGGAUUUGGCGCCGGUCUAACCUCGUCCAAACGUACAUUUUGUUCAAUGCCUAAAGCAUCGAAUACGUGUGGAAACAGUGCUCACUGUAGAUCUGGUGGAAGCAAGGAAAUGCAUGCAAUGGGUUAUAUAUUUGUUCGUUAAAACCUGCUUUGUCCCACUCUGGAAACAUACAUAAGCAAAUAUUAAGAUAUCAUCUUUAUAUACAUGCUAGUAUAGAUUGUAUUUUAUAGACUUGUAGUGAAAAUGGGUAUCAUAGUUGUAUCUUGUCUUGGGAAAACUUGAAUUACUAGUAAAUAAUUACUAUCUAGUAUCAUU